AUGGUGAAGAAGAGUGGCAAUGGCGGAGGUGGCAAUGGUUAUAAAGGAGUGAGAAUGAGGAAAUGGGGGAAAUGGGUGUCUGAAAUAAGAAUACCAAAGACUAGAGAAAGGAUUUGGUUAGGUUCUUACGAGACUGCUGAGAAAGCUGCUAGAGCAUAUGAUGCUGCUGUUUUUUGCUUCAAAGGAGGUGCUCCACCCUUGUAUUUUCAAGCUCAGUCUGAUUGGAAACUGGAUUUGUAUGGGAUUGUGGUGGAGGUAGAGGAAACCAACCCCUUUGAAUGUCAUAAUGACUUGUCCUCUCAAAAUAAUUGUAAUUCAUUUUUAGUACCUAUUUUGUUGAUGAUAACUGCGACGACAGAAUCAAUACCAUAA